AUGGAUGAGUUGGGAGAGCAAGGGGAUGAUGAUGAUGAUGAUGAUGAUGAUGAUGAUGACGACGAUGAUGAUGAUGAUGAUGAUGAUGAUGAUGAUGAUGAUGAUGAUGAUGAUGAUGAUGAUGAUGAUGAUGAUGAUGAUGAUGAUGAUGAUGAUGAUGAUGAUGAUGAUGAUGAUGAUGAUGAUGAUGAUGAUGAUGAUGAUGAUGAUGAUGAUGAUGAUGAUCCGUCAGCACGUCGUCGUUUAAGCUGGGACCGGCUAUGUGAAUAGGCGGAGGAGGCUGCCUGAGGGAUGUGGUUGGCGUAGGAAUUAUGCCCGUGACGUUGCGCCAUGGCAGUUUGACAGCGCAAGCACUCAACUACCACCUUCCACGCAAGUGGGGAGCGUGCGUCUCGGCUCCUUUUCCAUGCGGCUCCUAUCCAGCAUGUGUGCUCGGAGUUAGAGACGAAGACGGUGCGUUGAGCACAGUGACUCGGAAGGCAGCUGACUGACGCCCCCACUCACUCCGCGCAGUCUGCCCAGUUGUGUAUACGUGUGUUGUGUGCAGUGGCGGACUGGUGGGCUGAGAGCCAGGCUGUCACGGCCACCCCCCCUCAAGUUAUCUGCGACACUCUCAUGCAUUUGAGGAGAGUGUGUGUGCCAUAUGGGUAGUGCCUCUCGGUCGAAGACUGUUUGGUUAUCCAACCAUGAAGGGUGACGGCCCAGGCUAGAUGCAAGGCUAACGUGUCAGCCGUCCAGAUCAAAAGGUCCGAAAGCGUGUGCUAUGCCAGUAUCAGUUAACCAUGGUCCUCGCAGCGCGGUAUGCGCUGGCAGUUCCCUGACACCUGGCUCCCUGCCGGUAGAUGCACUUGAGCUUCCGCUGCGCAUACAGAUGGUGGGCCCAGCUGCCCAGCCACCAUCCUCGUCCUUCUGACCCCUGUUUGGGUGUUGUUGUUGUUAGUGAAAAAUCCUAGUCAAGAGUAUGUUGUGGACCAGGGAAUGUGGUGGUACGCCUAGGUGAGGGUCCGGCCGUGCCGGACGCCUGCACCCUCCCCGCCUCCGGUCUUAUCGACUCUGUCUUGGCACCGGGUUCAGGUAGGGAGUGGGGAAGAGAAAGCGUGGUAGAUGCUGUGCAAGUCUACUAACACUAUGCACUUAUUCACGCAUAAGUCACUGUGCCUACAGCACCUUGCUGUGUAGCACACAGUGGACAUCGUCAGAAUUGACGGUCGAACUGUCGGUGGUGGUGUGAGUAGAGCGCUGACACGCACUUGCAUAACAGGCAGUCUUAACGUAGGCUUAAUGCAGAGAAUGAGAAGAAGAAGAAGAAGAAGAAGAAGAAGAAGUGGGUUGAUAUUUCUGGCCUGUUAGCCGUUCAGGCAGGCGUAUCCCAUGACCAGACCGAAAAGCUCUUUCGUUAUUUCGACGGCCAUUUUAUCGUCGGAUAUUAUAUUUUCACUUUCUGUUUUAGUUAGAAUUCAAAGUCAAUUCAAUGCACCUACUUACAGACUCGUCGUUUGGAUCCCGUGUUUCCUGAAUUCCGCACGAAAUUCUCCUCUUACGUCGGUCGCGCUGUCGAUGCAUAAUGCUACAUCCCGUCUGGGUAGGAUAAGCGACGAGAAAACUCAGGUUGUCGUUUUUAGGUAUCUUCAUCCUGACUUACUUAUGGCCAUUACUAAUUAAUCGAAUUUGCUGAAAUUGGAUUUGGACAAGUAGAUGGCGCCAGAUUUUUGACCGCCUGACAGGCGGUCCUUCGAAUGCAUUAGAUGUUGACGAACUGCCGUUUCUGGACUGUGUGUCCGUCAAAACUUUCAAAAUAACGGUCUUGCGUACACAGCUCUUGGAAAUACUGUACUCCUGCAGUCUUGUCAGCCGGAUCGUUGCAAUGGCAAUCCCAUUGGCGUGCCCUGGAUUUGUUUAUACGCAGAUCUGUCAGACGUUAAAAAGCUCUUUAAGCAGUGCUUUGGGGUACUACUGAGGCGCCCAAUAUGUAUUUUAAUGCCCGCUCCCUUGUGGCGUGUAUCCCUCAGGGUUUGUAUGGUUUCGGUCGCGGCAUGUUAAAGGAUAUCGGUAAAAAGUGACAUCGCGUCGAAAGACACCACCACUUCGUCAUUACUAAGCUGAAGGCGGACGAAUCAUUCAGAACCUUGAGUUAGGAACUUCAGGCACCGAAAUAGUCACUUUGAUAAACGAACGCCAAAGUCCGCUCAGAGGGACCGUCGGCCUCAAUCGUAUACGCAGUCUGUACAUUUGCGAAAGGACAUAUAUCCCCUUUGCCACGACACCCUUAAAUGCUGUUUCUUAAUGGUCGACCUUUGGUAUUGUCCAUACUUUCCGAAGUAUUUUUAGGGGCCCUGCCGAUGCUUUAUGCUCGAUUUUUUAUCAAGGUUAUGUCAGGGAGACAUGUACGCAAUUUAAGCGCUCAGUUGUGUCAUCGCUUUACGGAUGCAUUUCUUCCUCGUUAAUGUCAUCUUCAAUCGUCCUGUGUCGACUGUUAGGAUGACAAUACUUUCGUCCACCUUCACUAAGCGAAAUGCUUCACCUUUGAUUUUCAACAGCGCCUUCUGUGGUGUGAGGGAUACCAGUAAGGGAGAGAUAAUCCGAAGGAUCGAACUUCUGUUUUUUUCUGUAAUUUUGGCCUCACUGAUGAUGGAUUCAGCAGCUACGGUGAAAUCUGCCGUCCUGAAGUAGGCAGCAAGGCUCGGAAUUUUCACCGGUUCUGCUGUCAACUGUUGUGAAGAUACCUCGUGAACGUCCUUGACGUAACAAUAAUCCAACACUUUUAGUUCAAAUUAACUAUAGUGCGUGACCGAUCUCAUGAAAUGUUGGCCAAGGUUCUGGAAUGUGUUUCCGUUUAGGAAGGAUUACUUAAGUGGGGUUGUUAUUCUGAUUAUCAUACAGCAUAACCCUAUAACACUUCGGACUCGCCAGGAUGUCGGCUUUUGAAUGAACUCCUUUUUGACCUCCUGCAGAAACAACUUUCGGUAAAAAAAAAUGACUACUUAAGUAGCAUACACUUUUCCAAUUGAUUUUCGAUGGUCUUAUAAAUUCAAAUAUAUUUUAUAGAGAACAUGCACAAAAUAUGCGUUCUUUUGCUCAUUUGAUAGGAAAUCAUAUUGUCUUUAUAUUUUAUGCUCGAACAAAGUGUAUAUUUUGGUUUUAAAAAGGUUUCUAAUUAUGAGAUUUUUAAGACAGGCGAUGUCCAUGCAUGCAAGACCGCACAUGUCCGCUUACUAAUGCUCCUCGUGAAAUGUACUACACAAUCCGGACCCAUUACAAAAUUUCACAAAUUCUAUGGGGUAUCUUCUCAAAGGCAUAAAGGAAUACAUGAUUUUCCUUACGCGAAAAGCAUGCACGUUGUAGACUGAAAUUGCUAAACGCUGAUGCAAUGGCGGAUCAGUCUGAAAAUUAUUCGGGAAUUCGGUAACUAUUUUUAAAACCUAAAUAUGCGCAUUCUUUGGGCAUAAAAUAUGAAGACAAUGUGAUUUCCUACCAAAUCAACAAAAGAACGCAUAUUUUGUACAUGUUCUGUAUAAAAUAUAUUUGAAUUUAUAAGACCCUCUAAAAUCGAUAGGAAGAUAUAUGCUACUUAAGUAGUCAUUUUUUACCGAGUGUGGUUUCUGCAGGAGGACAAAGAGAAAUGCAUUAAAAAGCCGACAUCCUGGCGAGUUCGAAAUUUUAUACGGUUAUAUUGCAUGAUAAUCAGUAAUAACAGCCCCACUUAAGUAAUCCUUCCUAAUCGGAAACGCAUUGCAGAAUUUUGGCCAACAUUUCAUGAGGUCGGUCAUGCACUGUAUGUGCUUCGUUGGUUUGGCAUCACUGAGGUAACAAACCUGGCUGGGAUUGUAAAUAGCCAGUCAGUACAAGCCACUUGUCCGAGGUUCUCCAAGGCCCCUUGUGCACUUGGCUUGCUCCUCCUCGAUCGUGUCUCUAUUUUUAUUCCCAAGCAGAUGUCAAGCUUGGAGAAAUUUUGCGUUAGACCCAUGAAUUGUCCAAGAAGGCCUCGAGAUGUUACUGGGGGUAAGUACGAUGCCACUAAAAACUGACGUAUGGGUUCCAUCCGCCAAAUUGUACGCCGCACUUCCUUUGACAAAUCCAAGGCAGACUAAUGAUUAUCGACUCUUCUGAUCUUCCUUUUUUGCGACCGCCACCGCUGCUGCCACAGUUAGUCUGGGCGGCGCACAAAAAGGUUUACGCGUACAUAUUUAACCAUCAUAUAUGCCCCACCCCUCUCCGCUCUGCCCGGCAGUCUACCUGAGCUCUCAAGAAACCGCCAAAUCGGGUGCGGCGUCGGUAUGUCAAGAGAUGCGCCUUACUUUGUUGUGUGUGCGCGUGUUUGGUGGACGCUGUCGCGACUGACAAAAGCCUCCCGCGCACCAGUUCGCCGCCCAGUCAACCCAGUCCCUUUUUGCCCCAGCCCCAUCCCCUCUCUGGGAUGUUUUUAUUGCCUGCUCCUCUCCUAGCCACAGUUGCGCCCGCCAACCUCGCUCUCUCUCUAAACCUUGACGAGAACGCCGUCAAAGCCCUAGGAAUGGUAGGCAGAAGAGUGCGAACGUGAGCCAUAUCUGGUUUCCGCUUCAGCCUUUCCUGUGUUAGUAUGAGUAUUAAUAUUAGGAUGAAGUGUUCCCCUGCUCGAUACGGUGUUUGGGACCAAACCCCUGCCUAGUAGAUUCCUUUCUAACGAUACCCAUAAGCCAAUGUCAAUAGAAACUAUAAUUUUUAAACUCUUUGACAUUGUUCAUGGCCGGCGGUCAGCGACCUUAGGAAGGUGAAGGAGAUGAUGUCGGUCUCCAACACAAACAGGAUGUUUUGCGUUUUGUGGGGCGUGACUGCUACAAAGAAAGGCAGCUCCUCUGCAGGAGCAUUAGUUGAUCUUUGCAUCCACCUGCACUUGGUUGGACAGUUCGCCUCCACCAGAAACCAACUCUGAUCUAUGGUUUUGUGGUAAUCUAGCGUUUAUGACGGUUGCAUCCGAGAAACGGCGCCAGCUGGCGAUUUAAAGCAUAUGAUAUUAACUGGCUCGUUCUGUCUUACGGCUGACCUUUUCUACACAGCGCCAGUGCAUACAUUCCAACAUGUAGGCUUCGCCAGAGGAGAUGAAAAAUAAAGACACCCUGUAGUACACAUAGAUCCGAAUGAGGCGCUGGGUAUUCCCAGCCAGGCGCACAGUAUCGGCUCUGUUCUUGUUACUUCAGACCCACCACGGAAAAUCGAUGAAAACCGGGCGGAGAGAUGGCGGAGGGCGCUGCCCAACACUCCCUCACCAUAGUUCAGUUCACGCGCGGAACCUCUUCACUAUUGCAGAGAGUGGGCCGCAUAGCGCGUUCUCGCAGAAUGUGAUCUAGCGUACUCUUCAUAUUGGCGAAUCUUACCGGGGGUGAUGGCCUGACGCAGAGAGUAAAUGAUGUUUAACAUUGCAUAACUGCGGUCCCCGUCAUUUGAAUUAUAAGUUGAGGGCCUCCGCGUGUGACAACGAAGGCGUGAAGGCUCCACCGGAGUUCCGCUUUCCCAAUAGCGUUGUCGUUACAGCUCUUCUCCAGAAGGAGAUUAUGGACAUUGCAAAUGAAGGUUUCUGUGACAGCCUCCAUUCAUCGCAGGUUGGAAAAUUACUGUCAGCAUGACAUUUACUGAUGAUAUCGGUGAGUUCUUCUCACUGUACUGCAACCAACGACGAAGCUGACAUAGGCAAUUCCGGAAAUCGAUGCGUUUCUGAAAGGCUGGAGUUCUCAUUGUGUAAUCUUUGUGAAAUGUUCCUCCUUGCAAAGCUGAAUAUUUGCAAGACCGUUCCGUUACCUUAGAUAUUCUAUAACCCUAGAACGCGGGACACCUAAAUUCGAGCUGUAACAAGCAACCUUUAUCAGCCGGGCUGACUUUGAGCAGUCCUAAAUGCGGGAUGAGAAUCAAUGAUUUUGGGCACUUAGUUUUUAAGAAAAGUUGUUCGACUACAGCGUUUUAAUAACGGUUAAACAGCUUAAGUUUCGUUAUGGUUAUGAGAUCAGCGAGUUUCUUGGGACCUGCAUGGGGAACAAUCUGCAAAAAAUGGUUGCUGGUGGAUUUUAGAAUUCAUGAAGCAGAGGAUUCGCCCGGUCAAAUUAAAGUCCUUAGGCGGGCCUCUACUGCUAACCUUCAAGGGCUGGACUGGACUCAUCGCCACGCCAAAAACAAAAAAUCAGGUGAUCAUUUUAAAUUCCACAAUAAAGGAUGGAAAAACUCUCUAUCGACGAUGACAGGCGAACUGAACUACUUUUUGCCAGGAAUAUUUUUUCCAUCGAAAAGAAGUGGGCAGUCACUACCUUGGGAGAUGGGCACACGCCGAACUGUACUGAGUCGGACUGAUGUGGUGGAAAAUGGGGUGGUAUCGAACUCUUACUUCUCACAUCCCUCAUGUGUCCAUGUCAGUACAGAGACGAGGCGAUUUAGGAUUACCGUAGGCACACUUCUUCACCUGCCGCGCCCCCGCGCGCAUGCUGAUCCUUCAAUUCGGUUUAUUCAGCUCCAGUCGGCUUCAUUCUGGUCUUUAAGUGACACGUGGUGGGACAGGAAAGAGGCACUGUGGCCGACCCAACGCGAAUUCGGUAAUGGCGUUGUGGUAGCGUGCUGUAGUGUAUGCCCAGGCUCUGCUGUUUAACUGUAGGAGUUUAUGUACGCGGGCAUUAUUGAACCGACUCAUGUGGUAUGUAGAUGUCCUCGGACAGUGUGUGUCUAGAAUAAAUGCGCAUUGUGUCCGGAAUGUAGACACUCGUACUUUGGCUACGACAUUGUCUUGUUAGUGAAUCAGUUUAUAUUGAGGCAGGAUAGCACCGCACCUCCACCAUUCCCUAUUUCCGCACUCACUGCAGUCCAAUAGCAAAGCAAAGUCAAUACGACCGGGGGUGUGGUUGUGCACAACGACCGACAAGGCUGAACAAUCCGACUACCAGUGCCACUCACGACCUGCUCCCUGACUCCACGUAUGCCAUACGUCAUUUGGGGGUGGGGGUGGUGAGGGUUUCCCCAUUUCACUUAACCAAGAGUGUCAUAAGGGAUUGGGGGUCCGACCCCAAUGGCACCUUCUUAAUCGGGCUUUGAUGGCACUCAAUGCUACUCGAGAUCCGGAACUGUGCUUGUAUAUAUGCCCUCAAACGCAUGUCAUAGGCUAAUGUCGUCCCCAUUGCGAUCCACUUUACCUGCAGCGCAACCUGUUUUGGGACACAAGCGUUCUAUUCUUCAAUGAUAUCUUAAUGCUUACGACACUACUCUUGGAGCCUAGUCUUUGGGGAUUCAGUGGAUGCAAUUCUGAGUCACGAGAACGUGUAAAUGAGCGAUAACGACAGUGUCUCUUAUUAUGCAGACCAGAAUCAAAAUAACUAAACUAUCUUAUGUGCAGAUCGAAUCCCGCAAGGGGCACCUGCCGAGUCUAGACUUGGCAUGUAACAUCUCAAUAGUCCAAGACGGAAAUGUGCCGAUGUUUGAUUUUGACCGGGGAACAUCUCUCCUAGUCCUUAUGGUUGACACAGUUUUACCAUGUGCAGACUGGUUUUGCAUAAGACGGUGUCAGUGGACUACUGGAGGCAGAAAUAAUUUCCACAGCAGCGACUUUCAGUGCUUUAUUCCGAUUUUGCGGUGCAACUUCAUCUUGCUUUUUAGCCCCUGGUUCGUAUCUAGAACCCUCGGUAGGCUAGAAGUAUGACUGACAAAGGCAGUGGACACUGGGAUGGCGCGCUGGUCUGAUGGGGGAGCGUUUGACUUGGGCUCAAUGCUUCCGGCGCCCGAACUGUGGGUGGGAUAUUACUAGCUGUUAAGGCAACCCAGAACUCAACGCUUUCAUCGACCAGCGUUCAUAGACGGCGGAAAAUCAGCUCUGCAGAGUAGUCUCAACCGUUACAUGCGCGCGCGUCAGCCAAUCAGCACGCUCUCGGCCAUACGCGAACUUCCGGCGGCUAUAGUCGCCUCCCCACGUCUUUGCUCAGGGGCCAACCAACCAAACGCUCUAACUAAGCAAGCGACGUUGGUCUUAGAUACGGCACACUAGUCAGAAGGCCUUAGAACCUUACAGUGGACGAGGGCGGUAGGGCUGUUCUCUACCACUCCUGUCUGUCCCCUUUGCAAUAUAACAACCAGCGACACAAAACGGGGACAUAAGAUCAGGUAGUGGCAGCAGAAGGCAUUAUUCCAGUGCCUGUUGUAUUUGUCGGCAAAAUUUCUCGCACAGAGAUAAAUGUUAUGGUACGCCGCGGGUCUUGAUUGAUGAUGGUCAAAUGAAACAAUCAAAUCACAGAUGAGGCGAGUGAAGGCCUUCUGACACGGCAGUGAACUAGUCAACUACGCUAACCGUAAAAACGCCUUCUGUAGCUUCUCACGCUGCGCUGAGAAAAACACUUCUAGCACACCGCCAUUUUUAUCAGCAUCUUGAACUAAGCUCACAGUUGAUCCCCACCUAGUAUGACAUAGUCGCUAAUUUCGUCGUUUCUAAAGACGAGAAUCGGUAAGAUGUGGUUAUGCAUCCGCACCUGACGGACACAAUACUGUGAUGGGUUAGAGCCUAGGAGCUAGGGCUAGGAGUUAGGGGUUAGGGUAACUAUUUCUUAACCGCUCCAAGUACAACCGCGCAUUCCCAAUAGCUUUUCUUUUGUACGCAACUACUUGACAUCGUCGCCUGUGCGUUCCCUGGCCCCACCUCUAAAGGCCCUCUUUUACCACCGGUCCCGUAUUACAGGCGGCUGGGAUUUGUUUACCUCUGGUGCGGAUGCAUAGCCACAUCUGACCAUAGAAAUUUCUAGAAAUGCGGUUGUUUCUCAAAAACGCUGCGACCUGGGAAAUUAAUAGCCACAAGUUUGGUCAAAUGUUUCACCACAAGUUGCAAUAUUGACAACUGUCUUGUUAAAUUCAAAAACUGUGCCGUCCGACUAUUUUCUCUACCUAGAGGGACAUCAACGUACUAGCCAGCAGUUCACUUGCGAAACGCAUACUCAACCUGCCAAACCAAACUCUCUUCUACAUACACGUCAAGACUUAGGCUGACAAAACACGUAACUUUUGAUUUCGCCAAAACAACAUAAUUCUGGUUUUUAAAAGUCCUAAUGUCAACGAUAUGUUAAAGGACCCUGUUUAACUAACAGUAAACUGUGGAUCAUGUCAUACGGGAAUGGCGGUAAUGGGGGUUUUACGGAUGGGACAACGCGCCAGAUAGUAAGCCGAUGAAGUGCAAGAAAACACAUAAAUUGUUUGGAUUUCUGCCGAAAGUCUCAUCGCACGCUUUCGUAUGGCAACGGGAAUGAGCACGUUGCUUUAAAACUCAACAAAAAGCAAAUUUUCAAAAAAUAACAGAGUUUGAGUAAUGCUUUGAGGCCGUGGGAAGUAAUCGUUGUUGGCAUUGCAAUGUCUGCAACGGCCUGCUAAUGGAUGCCAAGAUAAAAACCCCAUACGACACGACCCAUACCGACAGUUAAACGGGGCCCUUCACUCCACCGUUGUCUCCAUUUCCAAAAAAAGUUGUUUUCGAACGAACAAGCACGCAUGUAACGAGCUUCGGCGUCAGUUUCGACCUCACAAGCCUAAAAUAAUGAGCUUGUUGCGGACAACCCUCAUGGCCAUGUCCAGAGUCAUUGUUCAAGGCCUCACUGCCUCAAGGUCAUUCACCCUUUUCAGUGAGCCGUUCUAGACCCGCUGGCCUGAGGCCACUCGACCGACUUCAGCUCGGAUACACCUGCGUUCACGCAGUCGCAGCUGCCCACACGGCCACUUGAACGCACCUCCCCCCUGCAACCACAACAGAUGCCCACUUAAACACCACCCCUCAACGAAUAUAACACACCAAUCGAACACCCCUUCCGAUUGCCCCACAGGCCUGCAAAAGAGGCUGCCACCACUCUCUCGAGGACUCUCAGGCAUGACUGGACGCAGUCAACACCAGCCCUGGGUUAGCCAGCGGCCACUGCCACCUGCGAGGACAACUCCGGUUCUGUAUAUAAUAAACCCAUAAAUUUGGUGAAUGCUGCCUACUUACAAUUAGGGAUUUGGCCGGAUAAUUCUAGCGCUCCGAGUACACUCACACCGCCUAGUCGUUACAAGUGCACCAAUAUCUCUCACGUCGCAAUGGAGUAUCAUGGGCGCCAUUGCUACCUUUAGUAAUCGUUUUUCGUCUCGUCAGAUGCUCCACCAACAUCGGAAACGUCAUAGUGACCUGAAUUUAUCUUCAUAAAUGGGUUGCAGUGUUCUGCUCCUUAACGUCUAAUUAGUUCUGCCAUAAAAGAGGUCAUCUUGGCAAGAUCGAAGUAGAAUCAAAUUAAUCUUGGAGUUUCGGCAACCGCAUCCAAAAGCAAAUAACAAGAAGGUGGCAUCAUUAUCAGGUACCGAUCUCUGUUGAAGGGGCUCCAUCUUAGUCCAUCAAGCAAUUCCCAGAUAACUUUUUUCCUUCACAGAGCAUGUCUCUCUGCCAACGCAGUCUGAAUGAGUUUCACCCUUUCAUCGAACGUUUGGUAGUUCCACAGCAUCAAUAGUGAACGCAUUUUCUAUGCAGUGGCAGCCAGGGGAAACCAAAAUACAUUGUUAAAGCCUUUUAUACAGCUUAGUAGGGGGGAGGGGGGAAAGAGUGACGAAUUAGACAUCGUGGCCCACUUCCCGUCCUAAUAGCAUUUUCCGUUAUACAUAAGGCCUGAAAGUAGACACAGGAGAGGUCCCGCAAGGCGGGCUUCUGAGCUGUGGUACGCGCGUUCAAACCUUUCGCGGCCUAGGUGACUUGGCGGCUUUUCGUGCCGCGAGGCCCAGCUGCAUCCCCCUCUAGCUCACGGCCGAGAGAUCAGCCUCCCAGGGGCUGACAUCAACGUAUCCCGCCCGGCGCCAGGACGUGAGAGAGACAGCAGGAGCAAGUGGGGGGAGGUUGAUGUAAAAGACUACACCCUGGAGACUGGCCGCGGGGUCGUAGGCUGGCGGGGUGGAAAGACGGCUGUAGCGAUCCUGAUCCUGCCGCCUUUGACGGCUCUACGCUCUGUAGAGGGCGUCUUUUGAUGUGUACCGCCAAAACUAUGCCUUAUUUAGAUCUCAUUAGGAUGCCACUGGUUUGUGAAUAUGCAGGCGCACCCACUCGCAUGCAAGAAGGCAGGCUAAGGCAUUUUGGGCCGGUGGCAGUAACCUAGACAAACUGGGUAAAUCUGUUCUCGCUACCGGUAGGGAAGAAUCGAAGCUUACUUUAAAUUCAGGUAGGAUUUGAAUAUCUACACCCCCCUUCAGCAGUUCUGUGUAAAGCCAGCUCUAUCACGGAGACGAUAAUAAAAGGGGUCUUAAGGGUGGAGUCUCGACUGCCUUACAGAAAGUGUAUUAGCCAUUCUGUUUUUGGAGUAGAUACCUGACCCUUCCCCGAAAAUGGGCGGGCAACAUAGUUAAUAUUUCCAAUCGAAACUGGCUGGAAAACGAGACCCGGGCUCAGUUGGUAGAGUGCUGGAUUAAAUAGCGUCAGAUGACCAAAGGACGCGGGUUGGGGCUCAGGUGCAGCGGAAACAUGGGUUUGAGUAAGGCUGGAUUACAUCAGUUAAUAAGCCAAAAAUGGCCAUCUCUGUCUACUUUGUCCUGGACGGCGCUAUGGUUCCACCCAUACUCCUGGUCACUAUGCAGUUGCCUGAGAGCGCUCUACGUCGAACCCCAAGGAAAAACGGGACGAGUGUGUCCCGCGACUCGAUCGGAAUACGCACUUCUAACAAGGUGUACAAGGGUGUACAAGCUGGCUAUCUUGAUAGAAAAUAAGUCGUCUAUAAGAUCCCAUGCGAUGCCUGUGAUGCCGUAUAUUGUGGCCAAAUGGGAAAAUUUGCCUCUACACGCAUCCACGAACAUCAACUUGCAGUAAAGAGGCGAGACCACUUGUCUCAAAUGGCCAUGCACACCCUUGAUACUGGGCACACUUUCGCAUGGGCCAAAACUCGCAUCGUCGGAGUUUGCCCAUCUAAAAAAGGCCGAGGGUUUCUUGAAGCCAUGCACUUUGAUGAGUCAUUCAUCAACAGGCAUAUCGAGUUAGAUGCCACGUACAAAAAUCUCUGAGAAAAGUGGAAGAGACGAAAGAAGAUCAAUACGGACUGACACAUACGACGGCAGCUUACUGGCUGAGGCACCAAAUGAGUAUUGAUUUUGUAGCACGUUUGAAAUUUUAAUUGUUUUCUGCACAUUUCCUCUAGUCUGACGACAACACGGGGAACCGACGUCGAAAAUUUACUCCAUAAAUUUUUCUCUCUUUCCCAAAGAACGUAUUUGAUAUCAAACAAAUAUAUGUAUGUAUUGGAAUGUAGGCAUCCCAAUAAAUAUAAGUUGAAGGCAGAGGCGUUCUUUGGGAAAAGGUACUUUAUUGCGUGAAUUUUCGACGCCGGCCUGUCCUCUCAUCGUUUCACUCAGCAACAACUAGCGGUUCUAUCCUAUGACGCGAAGUUCAGCACAAGAGAUGCUCGGCCAGAAAACCUUAUUGCAUCCUUUGAAUCGGCGCUCCAGAAGUGUGAGGCAGACGAGGAGUGAAAAAACGCCAUGCGACAACAAGCGUCGACCUUACUCCUCCAACACAAACGCCAGAUGACAAUUUCUAAAGCAAAAAAUCGAGAACUUCUGAAGAUACGAAAAAUAAAGGAUACCAUCACCCUGCCCGCCGACAAGGGGCGCUCGACUGUCGUCAUGGAUAAGGCUGAGUACUGCACAAAACUAGGCAACCUCUUGAUGGACAAGGAAGCUUAUGUGCCAUCGACCGUCAGCGAGUUUAAAAAGCUCGUAAACAGCAUAAACAAUACGAUCGGCAAGCUGAGGAAGGCGGGAGCUCUUACGAGAAGGGAAGCGUUGGUCGCAAAAGCCAGUGAUAUCGCGAUGGCGCGCUUCUACGGCCUACCAAAGGUCCACAAGCAGGGAGUGCCGCUACGCCCAUCGUCUCCUUACGUGGUACUCCAAUCUUUGGGCUGUCAAAGUGGCUGUACCAGCGACUUUGUUUCCUUACCAAGGAUUCGAAUGGACAGUGAAGUCGGCUGAGGAGUUCUUGACGCGCAUCAAACAUCUCGAGGUGGAGGCAGAUGAGAUGAUGGUGUCACUUGACGUGAUCUUAUUAUUCACCUCCAUCCCACCCGCACUGAUUAUCGACACUAUUGAUGGCUUUCUCCGGGAAAAUUAUGAUGAAACCGGCCAACAGCUCAAACGAGCACACAUCAUCGAGCUCCCAGAACUGUGUCUUAAGACGUUCUUUCCAUUCAACGGCCAAGUCUACGAGCAAAAGAAGGGGACACCGAUGGGCUCGCCUCUGUCUGGACUAAUUGCCGAAGCAGUUUUGCAGAGACUCGAGCAGCAGGUCUUCAGCUCGUACCCCCCGAAGUUCUGGGCAAGAUACGUCGACGACACGUUCGUUGUAAUCAAGAGGAGCGAGGUGAAGGCAUCCAAGACAUUGUUGAACUCCAACUUUCCCGAUAUUCAGUUUACUAUGGAAGAGGAAGUCAACAAUCAGUUGCCCUUCCUGGACGUAUAA